AUGGCCAAGAUCUCGCGUGGUGCCCCCGGUGGCAAGCUGAAGAUGACUCUCGGUCUGCCCGUCGGUGCUGUCAUGAACUGCGCCGACAACUCCGGUGCCCGUAACCUCUACAUCAUCUCCGUCAAGGGUAUCGGUGCCCGCCUGAACAGACUGCCGGCCGGUGGUGUCGGUGACAUGGUCAUGGCGACCGUCAAGAAGGGAAAGCCCGAGCUGCGCAAGAAGGUCCACCCCGCCGUUAUCGUCAGACAGUCCAAGCCCUGGAAGCGGACCGACGGUGUCUUCCUGUACUUCGAGGACAACGCUGGUGUGAUCGUCAACCCCAAGGGUGAGAUGAAGGGCUCUGCCAUCACUGGACCCGUCGGAAAGGAAGCUGCUGAGCUGUGGCCCCGUAUUGCCAGCAACUCCGGUGUCGUGAUGUAA